AUUUUCUUUCUCUUCAACGCUUGUGUCUCCACCUUUAAAAAUCUACCCCAUCCGAUUCCCACAAAACACUUUUCUCUCUCUCUCUCUCUAUCAAAACCUAGUUUUCCAGGAACCAAAGAAAAGCAAAAACCAUGGAGUCCCCGGAAACGCCACCGAACUUCUGGGGACACAUGCCGGAGGAGGAGUACUAUGCAUCACAAGGAGUCACCAAUACAAAAUCAUACUUUGAGACGCCCAAUGGGAAGCUCUUCACGCAGAGUUUCCUACCGUUGGAUCAGAAAGUCAAAGGCUCGGUUUACAUGACUCACGGCUAUGGAUCUGACACUGGUUGGUUGUUUCAAAAGAUCUGCAUCAACUUUACAACCUGGGGUUAUGCUGUCUUUGCCGCUGAUCUUCUUGGGCAUGGCAGAUCUGACGGUCUACGCUGUUAUAUGGGUGAUUUGGAGAAAAUCGCAGCAACGUCCUUAUCAUUCUUCAAGCAUGUUCGCUACAGCGAAUCAUACAAGGAUUUACCAGCAUUUUUGUUUGGGGAGUCGAUGGGUGGGGCCGCCACAAUGCUAAUGUACUUCCAAUCGGAACCCAACACGUGGACGGGCUUGAUUUUCUCGGCCCCACUUUUUGUCAUCCCAGAACCAAUGAAACCCAGUAAGCUACACCUAUUCAUGUAUGGGCUACUCUUUGGAUGGGCAGACACGUGGGCAGCGAUGCCAGACAAUAAAAUGGUAGGGAAAGCGAUCAAGGACCCAGAAAAGCUGAAGAUCAUAGCAUCAAACCCUAGAAGAUACACAGGCAAGCCUAGGGUGGGGACCAUGAGAGAACUUGCUAGGGUGUGCCAACAUAUACAAGAUAAUUUCUCCAGAGUUACGGCGCCGUUUUUGACAGUCCAUGGCACCUCGGAUGGUGUCACGUGCCCUACAUCAUCCCAGUUGUUGUAUGAGAAGGCUUCAAGUGAGGAUAAGAGCUUGAAGUUGUAUGAGGGAAUGUACCAUUCUUUGAUACAAGGAGAGCCAGAUGAGAAUGCUAAUCUUGUGUUGAAAGACAUGAGAGAGUGGAUUGAUGAGAGAGUUGAGAGGUACGGUCCAAAAAAUACUGAUGAUUGAAUAAAAAUUAAAAAGAAAAAUAAAUUUGUGAUUAAUUAAUCAUGGAAAAGAAAUUAUUGUAAUGGAAUAAUCAUAUUUGAAGCUCCUUUUUAACAUUGUUUUUGGUGA